CCCAUAUACUCUUUUCGUCUCAUAAAAACCAACUUAGUAUUGAAUAUGACACAUCUCGAUCUAGAUUCGUAGUACUAAAAUGUGUUAGGGUUUAAUCUUUCGGUUUGGAUGUUUCUAUCAGAGAGUGCCGAUAUACCGAAACUUCAAAAAUUUAGGUCCGAAGUAUUGAACAAAUUUUAGUCAAGUUUGAACAAAAUAAAAAUUUCAGCCAAAAUAAUAUCAUUUUUGUGUGUGUGUGGGGGGGGGGUUGUUUCCGAAAUGACCAGAAUUUCUAACUCUGGGAUAUGUCACAUCUGAUAUUAUAAUGGUUUUUUAAGGUAGUAUACCUUUUGAAAUAAUAAAAUUCAAGCAUUCGAAACGUGUGCACGAAUCUCAUUGCAGAAAGAAAAAGAAAAAAAAAACGUGUACAGCUGCCCGGUGCACGGCUGCAUCCCUAUUUAUAGCCCCCUCUCGCGCGCCAUCCUUUUCCAUCCAAGCAGCAGCCAAAACACCACCAAAUAUAAUCAAUCCAUCCACAUAAUAUAUAGAGCUAGCUAGCUAGGGAGAUUUCGAAGGAAAUUCAGUUGAGCUAGCAAAUAUUUAGGGAUCAUUUCGAAGGGAGGAUCGAGGAAUUCAGUUAAGCAAAAAUAUUUAUACAUGUCGGGCGUGUGGGUGUUCCGGAACGGGGUGGUGAAGCUGGUGGAGAACCCGCCGGCGUCGGCGAACAGCGGCGGCGGCGGCGGCGGCGGCGGCGGCGGUGGCGGCGGCGGCAUCCGGCGCAAGGCGCUGCUGCACAUGCCGACGGGUGAGGUGGUCACCUCCUACGCCUCCCUGGAGCGCAAGCUCGCCGCGCUCGGCUGGGAGCGCUACUACUCCGGCGGCGGCGGCGCCGCCGCCGCCGCCGCCAUGAUGCUCCAGUUCCACAAGCGCUCGUCGGUGGACCUGAUCUCGCUGCCCAAGGACUUCUCCCAGUUCGGCUCCGUCCACAUGUACGACAUCGUCGUCAAGAACCGCGACGCCUUCCGAGUCAUCGACGUCUAAUCACCCAAGUGUCUAAAUUAACCAUCCAAUUAAUCUACCUCUCGUCUAAUUACUGCCUUCGUCUCUGCAUGGGUUUGUAUCAUUAGUUUAGGAAUUACUGUUGAUUGUUGUUGUACGUACACUUAAUUAGCGUUGUUAAUUAAGUUAUCUUUUGCUGGUGUUUGUUUAUGCUAUGUACUAGGGUUGUGCGUGUGUGGCAGUGUGAGUGUGGACUGGACAACAGUAGUAAAAAGUUUGUUCGCUCGUCGUCUACUCCCUCUGUCUAUUUGCUGGUAUUGAUAGCCGUGGUUUGGUUUACGGUCAAAAUUAAUCUUACCAAAUUAUUGUCAAUGUUAAA